UUUGUUUCCCUCAGUGUGGGAAUUUUAUAGCGGCAGGCAAUGCCAAACUUAAAAUUGAUGAUCGCAAUCCAUCGUAGACUGUUUUUUCGGAGAAGUUACGAAAUAGCUUUCACGCAAUUCGAAUAGUUACGACGUAAAUUCGAGAUUCGUAGAGUUGCAUUCUCUGAACCCACUCCAAGCGUCAAUUCGUAGAUUUUCGUACUAUUUUGCUACGACGUGUUUUUGCAUCGGGGAGAAAUAAAAAAGAGUUAAUUAAAAUAAAAAUUUAAAAGAAAAAAUGCAAAAAGCUUUAAUAUGUAAGUCUACUAUUAAUUCAAUUAUAAAUAAGUUUAACAUGCAUAUAUAUAUACACUUCUACAGGACUAAAGUUGUUACAACACGACAGCAGUAUGCUACUUUGUUGGAGCUUUUGCAACAGAAAACAGAAAUCGCCCAGGGUUUCUCAAAAUGCUCCAAGGAAGAGGUAAUGGAGUUCUGGCAAAGUGUGGCGAAGGAGCUGAAUAGUCUGGGCCCACCAACCAAAGACGUGUCGAGCUGGAAAAAAUUGUGGUUAGAUUGGAAGGCCUACAUAAAGAGGAAGCUAUCCGAAAACAAGAAGGAGCAGGCAGCAACAGGCGGAGGACGAAAUAGGCAGCACCAUUUCAAUGAAUUGGAAGAGGAAGUCAUUAAGAUGACAGCUUUAGAGACCAGCACGCACGGCAUCACAGGUACGGUAAGUGUUGGACUACCUUCUGCCGGCGUAGGAAGUUGCGAGGCCGAUCCCGACGUAUCCAUGUUGUCGGGGAACUGCAGUCCAUUCCUCCCGAGACGUGCUCCAACUGUCCAGAAGCGAGCCGACACAAGUGCUGCAGAACUUUUGGAAGAACAACUGGAACUUCAAAAGGAUUUCCAACAAAAGAGUGUGGAGGUAGAGCAACGAAGGUUAGAAAAGUUGUCAAGAAAUAAAUAA